AAAAAAUCAACCUUUCCUCAGAAACCCCCAAACAGCAAGAAAAACGAAAGAAAAGAGGCAAAAUAUACGUUUUCUAUGAUUUCGUAUUGAUUCGGCCUCAGUCAAGAUGGAAGUUCAGGCUGUCAGGUGGCUCUCCCUCUUCUCUCUCCUCUACACGGCUCAGUGUGGGGAGGUGACUGUGGCUCACAGUCCUUCAAAUCUGCGCUUCGGAUCAGCAGGAGUCCUGCGUGCCACCCACCUUGAUGAUGUCUUAGCAGCUUCUCUUGGUUAUACUCCUGAGUCGGCUCCAUGGAAUGGUCUGACCAUCACAUCCCCCUUCAACCUACCCAUAGCUGCUGUCGUAGUGGAGGUGCAUGGGGGUGGAGCCAGUGUGCGGCAGGAGGGAUCAACCUACAGUCUAAAGGAGGACACAACUCUUGACGAUGUUUUCCAGCGUAUGAAGGCCGUCAUGGGAUACAGAGCUCAGAGGGAAACUCUCUUCAAACGCAUCGUUGUGGAUGACUACUUGGGUGAAGAUACGUUCCAUGGAUCUAUCCCUUCAUCUGAGGUACUUAGUCUGAACGACGAGCCUGAUUCAACCUUCUUGCGAGAAAUGGCUGCUCUUGUGGAUGCUGCAGAGAAGGCUGGGGAGAUGACAACCACAAACCAUGGUGGCCAGGACAUCAUCUUCCUGCAGGUCAAUUCUCUGGCACCACUAGUCAAAACAUAUGGGCUGGAAUCGCCAAAGGUGAAGGAAGCAGAAAAUAUCCUGAGGAAGCAGCUUGUUCAAGUCACAGACAUGAUGCGCCACAUUUACAAUGACAGAGUCUUGGUUGCCACAGCUACAGUAGAGCAGCUGGAGGAACUCUCACGAUCUUCACGUUCCAUUCUCCAGAGUGAGGAUUUGAACUUGGAAGACUACAACCUUGCCACGCAGUACACAUCAGACUACCCUGCCAUCUUCAACAUUGUCUUGUGGCUGAGCAUCAUCUUGCUCCUUGCAGUCUUGGCAACAUCUGUUGCUAUGGCUACCAUGGAUCCUGGACGUGAUUCCAUCAUUUACCGCAUGACCAACCCACGUAUGAAGAAAGACAACUAAAGCAGCAUAUGGUCUUUGUCAGUUCUGUUAUAACUAUUUUUUCUUCCUCAUUCAUUAUUUUCAUUUAAAGUUGAAGCACAAACUUGUGAAGGAAAAACAGUUUAAUGAUGAUAGGUUAAUAACAGGGUGUUACGUUAUUUUUCAUUUCUAUUGAAAUUUAGAACUUGUACUGGAGAUAAGUUUUGAGCUUAGAAAUGCAGUGAAUUGUUUGUCAUAUCUCAUCUUCAGUUUUUUAAAGUGUGUUAAAAUGCAAGCUUAUUACAUUUCACAGAGCAUGUUAUAGAACUAGUCUUUGUGAAUUUAAACCAUAAUAUCUAGAUGUCAAUAGACUUUCUAUACCACACCUUUUGUCUGCUAGAUUACAAUCAGUGUUUCCUGUGGUGGUCAUGAUAUGGGUACAGUGUCUUGUAAAUUUGCCAUACCUUCUUAUGUGUAAAGCAUAGAAAUGUACAGUUUUCUUUUAUUUGCUUUGAGUGGAAGUUAAAGUCAAGACUCAUAAGAACAUUCCAUUUGAUUAGAUAUUUCUGGCAUUUCCUUGCCGCCAGAAGUCAAUAACUAUGUGAGGGUGAAUGUGUACCUAUUUAUGAUGUAUGUAUAUGUCUAAUUUGUUGUACAUAAAAUGUAGUGGAAUGGUUUUAUCAUAGAUUGUAAAUUUUGUUAAGGAAGAUAGUCUAUCUAUACUUA